GCCGCCGCCGCCGCCGCACCGGCCCCCCUUCCCCGGAGGCUAGGGCGGAGCAGCGCCGCCGGCGAGGACAGAUGGCCGCAGCCCGGGCCUGACGGGUGAGCAGUCGAGCACGUGAACGCUUGGCUCAGUGCCCGGCGGCGGCGGCGGCCCCGCGGUGCCCCCCGGCGUCUCCGCCCGGCCCCUGCGCGCCGCCUCUGCGCUUUGCGUAGUAAUUGCAGUUCCUGCUAGCGGCCCGCUCGCUCCCGGAACGCGUGUGAGGAGGACCGCCGCUGCCGAGCCCGCCCGAGCCAUCGGCGUGGCGCCGGGAGCCGCUGCUCGGGAUAUGCGACGGGAGGCCGUCGGCACAGCGCAGGCAGCGGCCCCGCCGCGCCGGGAGAGCCGGGCGACAGCAGAUUGGUCCUUCAGAGGAACCGUCUCUGAUUGCAUCUUCACUCUGAGCUACGACUGCUUCCCAGUGGGAGCGCUGCUGAGGGGAGAGCUCUGAGAUUUUCCCGAAGAGAAAUUCCAUGGGGACUGUACCUGACCCUCUGAGAUCGGCUAAAACUUCCCUGAUUGCAGCUUCUGCAAAAGGAGAGGACCUAGGAGAGGUUCAGGCUGCUUCACCUCGGCCUCAACCAGCCCUCCUGGGUAGGAACACCAAUGGCCUUUCCGGCACUCCUGCAGAGCCAGACGUCAGUCCCAGGACAGCUGCUGAGGCCCUGAUGCAGGCCACUGAGCAUGAGACCACACAGCCAGCCAUGUCGUCUGCUGGCAUUGUCAGUGAGGUGGGGAAAGCAUCUCCCACGCUGAACUCUCCCGGCAAUACCCAGCUGCCAGGGAGCGGGGAGCCCGCAGCACCGGCCCCACGUUCUGCAGCAGGAAAGGAUCUGAUACACGUAACAUUUACCGCGCCAGCCAAUCAACACGCCCACCCGGCCAUCCCAGGGGACCAGCCCAACUCCAGCCUCCCAUCAGGACCUGAAGACACUCUGGUGAAACCACAGAGAACUGCGGAUGGAGAGCAAGCUGAGAAGUCACGUUGCCCGGUGGCAGGGAUCCGUGGCAAAGAUCAGGUGCCCCCUUACUUUCCUUCUCAGGAAACAAUCCAGGGAAGCGUGCGACCUGCAGAUACAGCAGCCAAGGCGUUCAAUCCUGCCCCCGCUCCCGCAGGUGGACCUGAAGGGGAAAGGCGGCAAGCCGUUUGCGGUUCCCAGACGAGGUCCUGUGACUCUCCAGCCAGAGAAGUUAGAUGUUCGGAGAACAAACCACCCUCUCCCACGACCCCAGACCCCCAGGCCGUGACUUCGGUGGCGCCUCAACCAUCCCGCCUCCCUAGCGGAGGGUCCACGUUUCCUCCGGAUCCGGAGAAGAUGCUGCCGCCAGCCCAGCCUCAGGGGUCAAGGUUCAGAGAAGUGAGCACGAUGACCAGCCGAGCUGAAAAUGAGAUCAAGCAAGCUCCGCCCAGGGCUCAGCAAGACGCUGAGGUGCAGGCGGUGGCGAGUGUCGAGAGCAGAUCCGUGUCCACCAGCCCCAGCAUUCUCACCGCGUCCUUAAAGGAAACCCCUGCUCCAGAGCAGUUCCAACAAGAGCAGCUGCGUGUCGUCUGCCGCGGCAGCGGCCGCCUAAGCCGCACAUUGGAGCUGUCUGCCAGCACCCCAGCCCCCCGGGAGGCGGGUCGGUGCCUGGGCACCACGCCAGAGGUGCACAUCCAGCCAGCCGCGGCUGUUUCUGCAGCUUUCCGGGGGCAAGGUACAUCAGUGAGCCCGCCGGCUGAGGUCCUUAAAAGCUCAUCAACCAAUGUGGCAUCCAGUAAUGCUCAGGCUACAUGUAAAGAAGAUGGGAGGUCAGCAGGAAUGACCCAGGUGGGGCAAGAGCCCGCCUCUAGACAGCUUUGGGGUACUAAUUCUACCUCCCUGAAAGCUAGCCUCGGUGACCAGGUUUCUGUCAGUGCAGGAUGUCAAGCUGAAACAAGUCACGGAUUAGGGAAAUCUGAAACGAAGCCAUCUGAGUUUGCAGCGGAAACCACCAACGGCCACACACCAGACCCAGACUGGAAACUCUCCAACUCCUGUGGCCCUGCCAGCAGAGCUGACCAGUCCGGGAACUUGGAUCUCACGAAUCAAGGGGACGCAAGAGAGAAGAAGCUUGCAUCUCCUCAGAUAGUAAGAGAACAAGGAUCUCCUGGCAUCGAUAUCCUGGACCCGAGGGCAAGGGCAGAGGCCAAAAGCGUACUGCUCAAUCCUAAAUCUCCAGAAAGUAGAGGUACCGCCCCAGCGGCGAGUCCUACACCCUCCCCAGUUAGGAGGAGCCAGGAGGGCAGCGUGGAAGAAAACAGACAGCCCAAGACAGCCACCAGCCUAAGCCUGCCGUCUGACUCGAUGGGGGACUCCAGUCCCGGUUCUGGCAAGAGAACCCCUUCUCGCUCCGUCAAAGCCAGUCCCCGCCGGGCCAGCCGGGUCAGCGAGUUCCUCAAGGAGCAGAAGUUAAACGUGACGGCAGCUGCCGCCCAGGUGGGACUCACUCCGGGAGAGAAGAAGAAGCACCUGGGUGCUGACUCCAGGCUGCAGUUGAAACAGUCCAGGCGUGUCCGGGACGUGGUGUGGGACGAGCAGGGCAUGACCUGGGAGGUGUACGGCGCUUCCCUGGACCCAGAGUCCCUGGGCGUCGCCAUCCAGAACCAUUUACAGCGACAAAUCAGGGAACACGAGAAAUUAAUCAAAGGUCAAAACAGCCAGAGCCGGAGAUCCAUCUCCUCGGAUACUUCUUCAAAUAAAAAGCUCAAAGGCAGGCAGCCCAGUGUUCUGCAGACCAUGUUGCAGAACUUUCGACGGCCCAACUGCUGCGUUCGUCCCGCUCCUUCUUCUGUGUUAGAUUGAAAAGGAACAUGUACGGGAGCCCUUGUAUACUUUUACGGUCUUCAUAGAUAUCCCUCUGUCUAUGUCAAAGCUUACUUAGUGUUUUCUGAGAGACCAGGAAGAGAAAGCAUUAACUUGAGGAAACUGCUAUUAAGGAUCGUGGCGUCCUUUGAUUGGGGGUCCAUAAAUAAUACAUCAUUUCAGUUUGAAAGAAAGAAAAGAAGCAAGCUUCACUGACGGUUUACGACCUUAAUUAAGAGGAAAUAACAUUCAGUGGGUUUUUUAAUAUGAUGUUGCUUGUAGAAUAACAUGAUCAUUACACGUGUCAUUUUGUAUUACUCACUCAAUUUAUCACACUGUGGUAUUUGCAUUAAAAUCCCUGUAUUAUAUUAAAAAUAGCAAAAACACUCUUAGCAAAAACACGGUUAUACUUUCUAGUCCAUUGCAAUAAGAAUGCUGAUACCACACAAAAUUCAAGUAGGUGAUGAGAAGUAUCAUGUAAAAAAUGGAAACAAAUUUGACUCAUUCCUCGGCCAGAAGAUAAUAAAUAAAAGCAUUUAAAUGCAUAAAAUGCCAAAUAUGAAGUAAUAUUUGUAAACAUCUGCAGAUAACCCUUUUUAUGAACCUUGUUAUACCCGUUAAUAAACGUAAGAAAGUCAUAUUAGAAAAAAAAUUAGCACAGCAUUUGACUAUGAAUACCGCCCACAUAAAACAUGAAUUUAUGUAUACACGUUUUCCUGCACUGAAGGAAAGGGUCAUCUCUGUGAUUGUAACUAGAUUAAAUUCAUAUUUCCUUACCCUAGAGGAAGUACGUGUGACUGAAUUCUUGAAGAGAGUCCUCAAAUUAUUGAUAAUACUAAAUUUUAUGUUGUUCAGGUGUUCUCCGAUGACAUUCUACUGAGAAAGUUAUGGUUCUGGUAAGGAAUUAUAAAUAGCCAAUUACCAAACACUUUUUUCUAUGUUGAAAAAAAGAAAGCCUCCUGAGUAACAAAAACAAGAGGUUUAACUGAGACUCCUAUAAACAGGAUUCAUUUUUUUGUUUUGUUUUGAUUUGGUUCAGUAGCUUCUCAUAGAAAAUGUAGUCAAAUAGAAAUGAACUCACUUACUGUUUUUGUAUUUAGACUAAUAUCGUCUAAUUACUUAAGUCUAAUCUGUGGCAAAAAGGUAACCUCUGCAAGCCUCUUGAUUUUAAGAGAAAUACCAUCAUAUCUCAUCCUUCAAACCCAAUAAAAGAAGCCGCCUUUACAAAAACAUGGUUUGAGCUUUGGGCGGGCUUGGUCCUUGAGAACACAGGCACCUGUUUGAGCUGAGCCCUCAGCUGUCUCCGUAGGGGAGCGUGUCCCUGGGGUCCCUGAGUGCUGUGCAGGGCACUGGGCUGGGGUGACCAACAGUGGCUUGAGUCAGGGUAGUGAGGAAGAGGGGAGUGACCGAGGGUCCUUGAAAGGCUUCCCCUCCUGGACCUGCAGGGAGGUUGCUGGUUUCCACCUUGCUUUUAGAAAAUCUCUGUUAGAGGUUGGAGGGACAUUGGCUGCCUUCUCUAAACGCACUGCCCUUGAUGAGCCAGAAAAGAUUGUCUGGCCGUGUAUUCUCUCUCCAGAGAUUCAUAAAUGCCAUUUGUGCGGUAAAUGCACAGUUUCUGUUUUGGCUUUUUUUUUUUUAAAUUCUCUUUUGAAGAUUCUGAAUAUAUGGGGGUGCGGGGAUCUCAUACGUAAACUUUAACACCACAAGCUACACUGGACAUAACCUAAAUUAGUAAAUAGCCAUUGAUUCCUUUCAAAGCCAUUGGACUGUCGAUGAAGCCUGUAUCAGUAGACCAGUCACAGCAUUCUCAGAGCCGGAGAAUGGCAGAGUUGUUAGACUUGAAACUUACAAUGAAUGUUUUAAUAGAGCACAUGUUUCAGUUUCUUACCAAUUGGCCUCUAGUAAGAAAGCUAUCUAAAGUAGAAAUUACCGUCAAAUUAGCCGUCAAAUUAUUAUUAGUGAAUUGAGCCUAAAACUCUCUUUUGACCUUAAAUACCCAUGUGUCGUAGUGUUCAUGUCACGUCUGUAGAAGAUGCCUUUGCCAGUAUGUAACCUCCCUCCUCUCUCGCUCACUGUCUCCCUCACACGUGCUGUGUACACACGGAGAACACCUUCUGUACACGGUGGCAGCUGUCAGCAGUACCCAUUCCAGACGGGCGGGCCCCAGGUCACCCUCUGCUCUGAACUGGCUAGAACAGGCUGUUCCCUGCAUUAAAAUAGGAGGAGGAAAGGAAGAAUUCAGCAUCUGGUAAUAAUAUUUGUUUUCAUGAGUUUGGAGUAACCACAUGAUUUAUAAAUAGUAAAAGGAAACAGAGACCGAAGAGAGUUGUAGGCAUUUGUCACACAUUAAAAAUAAAUUAAUAAAAUAUAAUAAAUUAAAACUGAAUUUGGUGUUGUAGAUAUGCCCCUCAAAUUAAAGCUUAAUGUGUGAUGCAGUCACUUUAGCUGACUUUCUUUGGGACUGAAACUAACCUUUACUUCUUAAUCUUUCAUUUUUUACUUUCGAUCUUUACCACACUCUAAAGACUGUCACAAAAUGUUAUGAAAGCUUUCUUCUCGCUUGCUGAAUCUUAUAGAAGGAACAGCUUUGAAAAACAAGUCACAGAAGUAGUUCGUUCAGUGAACAGGAGCCUGUUUAAGACCGCAGUGUUUCUGCAUUAUGAUCCCCCAAGGACCCUCAGGACAAAACCUUGAUUUGAAAAUGUUCUUUCACUUCGAUCUGUGACACAGCAUACACAUUCAGGACAUCAUCUGUGGUUCCUUAGGUUCAUUCAACAAAUGAAGUUUCAAAAUAAUUUUCAUGGCAGACUUUUUGAACUUGUUCUUCUUUUCCUUACCUGCAUGACACACAUCGGGUUGAAAGCUGUUUUUCUCCUUAAUUUCUUUUAGUUAUGUUUUGGUCCUUUUUAAUGCAUUUUAGUUGUUGAAAUAAAUGGAGGAGAUAUUUUAUUAAGUAAAUAAGUAUAAGAUAUUUUUUAAACCAGUAGCAAAGGAGAGAUGAGUUCGAACAUCUAAAUGUUUAAAAUGUGAAGAUGCUUACCCAGCGAAUAUUAGGAUUUUUAAUUUAAAUAUUGAUUUUUCUAUCUUUCUGACUAUACGAAAAAUGGGAUCGCUUCAACUGUCAUAUCUAUGUAUCUUCAGUGCUUUUCUAAUUAUGUCUUUCUGGAUUAUUACCCUUGAUGCCGCAGACCAACUACUUUAUGUACAGUAAAAUCCUAAUUAAGCUUUGUGUUUUGGAUCAGUGGUAUAAGUUAAACAUUUUGUUAGGUCAAGGUUAACCAGAAACCUUUUUAUUUGCAUCCAAAAUUUAUAAAAAUAUUUAUAAAAAAUAUUACUGUGUUUUCCUACCUUGACAAGUCAGCUAUAUUGACUACAAUUUGAUUUUUGAUGACGUUUAAUCUUUAGAGUUGUCUAAUAUUUAUUAUUUUGGAUACCAUUGUUCUCCAUGUUAGAGGUUAAAUAUCAUAAUUGAAGUAAAUUGGACCAAAUAUGCAUGUGUAACAUAUACCUAGAGGUUGAAUUUUGGAACCAAAUUCUUAAUAGGAGCUUAUCUUAAAGUAGACAGCAGAAGAGGAAAACAGCUUUGGGUUGCAUUUCAGAGUAUUAAGGUUUUAUAGUUCCUAGCUUAUUCUAAUGUUCUUCCUCUCAUCUCUAGGAGUUCCUAUCAUUUGGGGAAUACCUGUAUAUAUACCACAUGAAGACUAGAAUACGAUGUGACUUUAAAAUUUGUUUACAGAGGACAUAUAUGAGUAUGCUGUUAAUGUAAAUUGUUUGGCUCUGUUGUAUCCACUUCGUUACUGUUUUGCUGCCAACAUGUGAGAAAUUGUCUUCUCUUCCUCCUACAUAUUGUGCAAGUGUUAAAAAAUUUGUCCAUUUCUAGUACCACAUAAUUUACCACAUCCCUCGUCUACUUUUGAAGAAUCAGUAUAAAGAAAAACAAUACAUUAGGGUAAGGUUUGCAUAUAUGUAUAUGUGUUUUUACUGAAAAUUGGGCACUUGUAGCCUUGUGUAGGCCUCUACCGGUCUGACUUACUAAUCAUCUACAAUGCUGCCAUGGAGAUGGCGCUGUUUACUCUCUCCAGCUUUGUCCGAAGUGGUAUUUGAGAAAUGAAGCCUGUGAACUUCCCUUUGUGAUAGUAAUACUAUGAACUCGGCAGUAUCUUGGAUAAAUGAGCUGACCGUCUUGUCUCUACCCCUGUUUUGUCUACACCGUGAAUCAGAAGUCUUGCCCACGUCUGCCUCAGUGUUUGCUAUUUUAUAUUCAUAUCUGAGCAUUUUGUUUUCUGUUAGCAAUGUUCUUUGAUUCCAUGUGUGGCCCCUUUGGGUUGAAUCUCUCCACAGGUGGGUCACCUGCUGCCACCUGGCAAAUAACAGGUGAUAAUGCCGAAUCUCCUGUCCAUCUUUGUAACUAUAUCCUUCUUAAUGAAAUUCUGCAACCGGCUGAGUAAUUAUAAAUGUCAUCUGUGCUGACACAUGGGCUUAACGAUGUCUACAAAAUUUUAGACAUUUUUGCAAAAGGGAAAAAAAAUAGUCUUGUAAAGACUGAAACAGAUUUCCUUGAACUUUAUCCUACUCUUGGAAAAAACGACUUCUCCUUGGCUACAGAAGUAAACUUGAUUUGCAAUAGCCAGGGACAUAAAUGAAGAUGGAUGGAGGUGGAACAGUUCUGUCUCACAAUCAGUGACAUCUGCCAGAGUUCAUUACAGCUGCUCUUAACUGUGAACAUUCACCAGCUAAACUACUCACUAGCCACAACCAAAUAACCUCUCUCAAAGCAAAUCCAAUACAUCUGUAUAUAUGUAUAGAUUAAAAACAACAACAACAACAACAAAAAACCCUGAAAAAUUACUGUUGGCUAUUAGGUAAAUCAAGGUGAUGAUUACAAAGGACAUUGAAAUAACAGCAGGCCUUGGUGAAAUGACUGUGGAGGCCAGAAUGGUGCAACAAGAUGUUAUUCCCAAGUUUGGUGUGUGUUUUUUUUAAGACCCAGAUAUCUCAGUUACUCAUCAUGAGAAUAAAGACUGUUGAUAAUGAAAUUAAAGCCAAGCAAUAAUGUGCCAAAAAGAGGCAGUUAUACCAGCAAGUGCAUCUAUCAUGGGCGCACCAUUAUAUAAUUAUGGUUUGCUCCAUGAAGACUGACCGUAACCCACAGGGUAAAAUAAGCAAAGGCAUAAUGUCUGCUUUCUUGCCGGAAAAACUCGUUUAGGAGCUCCAUAAAGAGGUACAGCACUCGUGAGCAUUAGGUUUUAUGGUUAACAGCUCUGUUUUAACACUAGCCAAGACCGAAGGAAUCACCAAGAAUCUUGCUAGCUUAAAACUCAAGACAGCUCCAACCCGAAACUUGGUUGAAAUGGAGGGUUAGAUGUCUGGUGAUUACUCUUCCUGGACACUAGCCUGUAGGAAAGCAAUUCAGUUAACUCUGCCUAGAGGAUUACCAGCUUUAGCUAUGAAAAAAAAAAAAAAAAGGGAGGUUCUCAAAUGCUAAAUAACUAAAAUGAGAGUACUCAUAUCAAAAGGGGCCUGAAAUAAUGCCUUACAGAAAAUGAUGUUCCAGAUGGGUGUUUCUAAAUACUAAUUCUUCAUCAAGUAUCCUUUGGGGUUCAAGCUCAAAAUCGAUUGGCUGGAAUAAAGAUCACAUAUUUCACACUUCAGAAAAAGAUACUGAUGGUCAACUGGCAUGGUGAUAAUUAUGACGAGAGAUACCCUAGUGACUUAAGUGUGUUAAGGAGAAUUAAAUGUGGGAGAAAUGCCAACUUCUUUCUCAAUCUCUUAAGAUGUGGGUAGGUCAUCGGCUUAUUUCAGGGUGAAAAUGAUAGCUUGAUUUUUAACAUUGCUGCUAGCAUUACUCUUUGUUCCUUUGAAAAAUUAAAUUAUUCUUCAGCAAAACUUCUGAGCAGUUAAACAUUUUUUUUUUCUGGUUCAUAUUGCUUUUGUGUUAUGUAACAGAGCAAACUAUGGAAUGAGCAGAGUGGGCUUACCCAUGUUUAUCAGUAUCUCUUAAUGAGUUCAGUUUAGACUUCUUGGCAUUUAUUUUAACCACAUCUUUGAGUAAAUUAUUUUCCAUAAUGCUUUCUGUCAUGUCUUAAGAUGAUGUUGGUAAAUCAGGAGAUUGCAGUAUUACAGUCCCUACAGGGGAGGAGAGACUAAUUCUUGUUUUUAAGGGCAUCUGGAAAUACCUUUGCCUGAGGUCGAGAAAGGUCAACAGGGCCUGAAAACUCAAGAAGGAAAUAUACUAACAAUUACUACUACAUUUCUAAAUGUAUUUAUCUCUGCUGUACUAACGUGUGAACACUAUGUGGUGCAUUAUUACACUGUAGCUGGUUGUGGUACGUCAGUACAUUCUGUAAGUGUGUACAGUGUGUAAGUCAUUGGUUUUCUAUUUUUAUGUGUAGAAAAAAAUAACAUACUGUAUCCCAUUUUAAGGCCAAGCUCUGUCAUUAGGUAGGCACAUGGCUGAAAGUGAAUAAAACCAACAAAAGUGUGUGUGUGUGGGUGUGUGUGUGAAGUAACAGAAUUUGUCCUUUCAUUUUUGAAGGUCAGAAAUGGCUGUUGUUUUUGUUCUUUGAAUCCUCUCCGAGAGUAGAUAACAUAAUUAUCACAAAGGUUGAACGUAGUCAUCAGUUCAUUGGCAUGUUACUAAAUAUGCCAGGGUUAAUUCCCCACCAUUAGUCACAGGUAAGGUCAGUUCUUUGACCACUGGGUUGAUUUACAUUCCUCACACAUCUUCUCUGUGUUAAGUGUGUGAUUAGGAUGUACAUACUAUGGGUGUGAUUGUGUACAUACCUUGUAUGAAUUAUCUGAAUCUUCAAAGCAGUGCAGGAAAGCAGGAAGAAGAAACAGUUGUUCAAAAGCCUCAAAAGGGCUAAUCAAUGUGUAUUUUCAUUUUCUACACAUAAAAAUGUAUACGUAACAUAACUGUAAAUAGCUUAGCCGCCUAUAUAUGCACACAUAAAUGCAUUUUAUUCAUACUGGUAUAUUUAAAUCAAUCACGAAUUAAAACAACUAAUUGAAAAUGGCAUCUUUUCAUGACUGUUCUGUUUUACAUAUAUUAAUAUCAGGUCAGAUGCUCCCCAUUAAAUGGUGUUACUCCCUGGUAGCAGAUUUGGCGCUUAGGAAAGCCCAGACCCACUGAGUCACGAAAAUCUAGUAGGUAUCUUACUGAGGCACAGACAGGUACUUGAGCAGCUUCAAAGAUUUAAUGCUGUUCUUUAAGCGCCUAAUUUUAUAUGUGGAAAUGACAAACACCAGGGAAAACCAAUUAUGUUUCAUAGACUUCAUUUGUGCAUUUAUUAGUAUGUUUAUUUGCACAGGCUGAUAAAAGCCCUACAUUUUAGAGAUGUAUCCCUAGAUUUCAAAAGAGUGUAUAAUCACUCGAAGUGAAACAUGAUUGCCGGCAUUAUUCUCUUGAGAUCAACAAAACAACGUUUAGCAACGCCAAAGAGAAGUCAUAGAGUAAAAAUUUUAUUUUUUAAAAUUAUAGAUGCUGGUAGAAUAACAGGAGACUAGCAAUUAGGAUUUCCUUAAGAUGGACUCAAAUAAAUUACUAUUAUUGACAACAGGUGUUACCGUAUGGACUGGAUAACAAGAUUAGAGUCCUUAGCCAGCAAAUGCCAACACUGGAUGACCUUUGUCAAUUUAUCAUAAUUCCAAUCAGUGAAUCGAUGUUGUUUUAGUUUCUCUCAUUUCUUUGAAAAGGAAGUACUCUAUUAGACAUCAAAAAGUCUAAUCUGGUUCCUAAAACCUAAUACGAUUUGACCCCCAUUCCUUGCCACUAAAAAUUAUGUUGGCUGGAUGUUAGGUUGAAGUUAUGAAUAGAAAUACCAGAAUUGCCCAUUAAUAGAAAAUUCUGUGUGGCAAAGUACAAAUAUAACCACUUCUCAGUAGAAAGUUAAUAAUACCAUUUAAUACAUAUUCAUAUUUUAAAGACUGAAUGUACCAUCUUUAUAUCUUAGAUUUUAAAAAAAAAGGUUAACAACCAUAAGAACAAUACAAUUACAACUCUAGCUAGCUGUGUUUUUUAACUACUAAAAUCAUCCUUCUUUAUAAGAGCAGCAUACAUGAAAUCUUGAUGUCAAUAUCUACUGUUGCUUAAAAGAUAAAUUUAUGUAAUUAUUUUGGAAGAUAUGUAUUAAUUUAAGUGCCAACCAGAAAAAUUAUAGCUGUCAAUAUAAGAAUCAUUUAUGUGUGUAAAUACUCAAAAGAGAAAGACCAAAACUGUAGUGUGAUGUUAAAUCACUGAAGAAACGGUAAUAUUUAAAAUGAAAUUCCAUUUAUGAAUGUAUCAAUAUUAGAAUCUAAAGCUAUGUCUUUUCAUGAUGUCGAUAUACAAAGGUCAUUAAAUUGUUUAUUUAAGAAAGUCCCCAUCCUCCGGAAAUCGACCUACCAAGAAAAUUUCAUUUGCUAGAAAAGUUGGAAUGUUAUGAUAGAUCAAGAUUUUGAAAUUGCCUACACAUCCACCCUCAUUUUGGAUUUGAUUUUUGAAUAGAUGAAUGAAUGAAAUUCAAGUGAUGACUUAGUUUAACCCUCGAAAAAAUGUCAAAUAUGAUUUUUUUGCAUUUUAC